UGUCAGAAACAACGAACACUCAAGUAGUCGACCCAUCGAAUACUCAGAUCAUUUCUUCACUACACUUCAUGACCUACAUACUCUGAAGUUUGUUUGAAGUUCAAAAUGCAGUUUGGCAAUGAAAGUUGGUGUAAAGUAGCACUGCUUCUGGCAGUAAGCCUUACAGUGCUAUCAGCCCAUGGACAGGAACAAACGGUAGAGAAAAGGGGGCAGGGAAGGAAGACUCCAACUACACUGACUGAUGUGAUAAAAGUCUUGAUGGAGUUUGAGAAAAGAUUCAAGCGAAUUGAAUCAAGGCAUAUGGAAGUUAUAAGAGGUAGAGAUGGACGCGAUGGAUUACCCGGAAAACCAGGACAAGAUGGUCGAGAUGGAUCCCCGGGACCACGAGGUCCACGAGGUUUGAAAGGAGCGCGAGGGAAUCAUGGUGUGAGAGGUCCACCUGGACCGAAGAGUGGUGGAGUACAGUACGUACGAUGGGGAAGAACCACCUGUCCUUCCGGUGCCUCUCUUCUCUAUAGAGGUCGUAUCGGAGGAGAGAAUCAUGCACAUAAAGGUGGAGGUGCUAAUUACGUAUGUCUCCCUGAGACCCCCAAAUAUGGAAGGUACAAAAAUGGUCAUCAGAACGCUGGAUACAUGUACGGUACAGAAUACGAAGUGAACACUUACAACCCAUUCACCAAAGGCCAUCUUCACGAUCAUGAAGCUCCAUGCGCCGUGUGCUACGUCACAAAACGAAGUGCCAAGAUGAUGAUCCCUGCCACUUACGAGUGUCCCGCGGGAUGGACAAGAGAGUACCAUGGAUAUCUGAUGUCUGCGUAUCACAACCAUCCACAUCCUACCCAAUACAUUUGCGUUGACAACGACGCAGAGGGUGUACCAGGAACCCAUGCCAAUCUCAAUGGUGCCCUGUUGUAUCCUGUAGAAGGUGUAUGUGGUUCUCUGCCCUGUCAUCCGUAUGUUACCGGACGUGAGCUGACAUGCGCAGUGUGUACCAAAUAGAAACCACAACAAGCCAGUCAAACCAAGGCCAACUAUUGAUUGUAAAUUCUUAAGCUAGAUUACUGAUCAACAGGUAAUAAAGAAUCACUGAGCAUUGAA